CGUUUUCCGCAGGAGCCGGAGGCCUUCGGACACGGCAACGCCUUUGCAAGUUGCCUCCGUAGUCGCCCCUUGUUGUUCAAGAAGGCCGGCCGGGCCAUAGAUUCAGGCACCACGCACAUUCAACAAGAUAAGCUACAUUUCCUGUAUUCCGUGCUGCGAAACGUGAUUGUUUUCAACGUGCCGGCACCAGAGCCGGUCUGCCAGUGUCAUUUUGAAGGUGUUCGUUGUGAGACGAGCUCGGACACGGAUUGCCAUCACAUUGAGCGGAUCUUGAUGCGUCAAUUGGAAUCGGUGCGGUUGCAGCUUAGCUCAUCGUUAACCUGGUGUUCAGCGUGUGAAGAGCGGCCCAGGUACACCGUCGACGCUAUGUUUACGUGAGUGGUCAUGGGCGCUCCUGAUUUUAAGGAAGGGCAGAUUUUGGUUCGGUGCGACGAUGAUCAACAUUUCACGUGGCUUUAUCGAGUAUCGCUGGCGUUCAUCUCCUCGAGCAGUUGGCCCGUUCUCGCGCCGACACGAGGCUCGCACACAGUGGACGGCGAGACUUUCAGGAUCGAGCCGCUUGCUCGAGGACGAGAUGCGCCGAGGCGUUGCUGGAACGAUUUUUUCUUGUUCAAUCCGCGCCCGGUGCGGGAGUUCAGUGAGGCCUUUGCUCGAGCUAAGGAGCUGGCGGACUUCGCUGACGAGGACACCGAGUUGGACGACACUGAGGCAUGGAUCAUCUCGGGCCUGUCGCACCUUCGGUUCGGCGAGCAGGUGGGGCAGGGCAUCCUGGAGGGCGCCAUGUUCGACGGGGUCAAGGACAAGUUCGCCAGGUUCCUGGUGUUCUGGGUCGCCCAGGGCGUCUGGGUGAUGCUCAUAUCGAUGCCAGUCCUCUUCGUCAACGCGGCGCCCUGGGGGUGCGGGACGGCGUGCUGCUGGCGGGUUUCGCCUGCGGCAUCGCGACGGAGGUGGUGGCGGACCUGCAGAAGGCUGUGUGGGUGA